AUGUUACAGUCAGCGCUCAUCCUGCUCUCCUUUUCGCUUCUACGGAAUGUUUUUGCGGCUUUUAGUGAGGAGGGCUUGAUGCUACCAAACAAAUGCGAAGUUUGCAGGAUACUUGUGAAUGAAGUCAUCAUGCGCUUAAAUGAAACAAAGUCCAGUUCUCUUCUCACCGUUUCCCCAUCAAGAAACACUGCGGGAACUAUUGAAUAUAAUCGAUCUGAGCUGCGUCUAUUGGAAGUGUUAGAAAGUCCACCUAUUUGUAAUAGAAUGCUAGAAUAUCGAAUCCAUAAAGAGCGCACUGGCCUCCGACGUUUCGACAAAGGUGUUCCGGAGACCGUUCAGUCUCUCACUGAACUAGUCAAUCGCGGUGUUGAUGUAAAGUUAGAUGUUCCGUUCGAAAUGUGGGACCGGCCAUCUAUUGAGAUUACUACUUUGUUCAAGCAAUGUGUUGCUUUGAUAUCUUCUUUUCAAGAUGACAUUGAGGAGUGGUUUUAUGACUACCAGGGCUCAGUCGAUCUAUUGAAUUAUCUCUGCCGCGAUCGAGUGUUGGACGACUCUGAAAAAGCACUGGAGAGUAAACAACAGCUAUACCUAACGUGCACUGUGUCAGAAGCCCCAUCCAGUGAAAGAGAGCAGUGGUCAGAAGUAAAACAGAACACAUUUGCUCAUGCACUCACCAGUAUCAAGUAA